UAAAAACAAAUAACUACAAAUAAAUGAAUAAUUAUACCAUAUAAGAAAAAUAAAUCACAACAAUUAAAGAUACAUCGAACUCUGCCACAUCCCAUCACAGUCAAAUUUUGUGUGCACACGUGAAAUUGGCGCAGCACAGUUACUCGUAGACAAUUUCUAGCAAGUUCAAAUAUUCAAUGCUCCUGUAUAAAAUUCCCAUUAGUUGUUCCUCUUCUCCGGAUCCAAAAUUAUUCUUCUGCUUCCUCCUCCCCGUCUCUGUCAGUCCUUUCACAUUUGAAAUCAUAUGUACACACUAGAGUGUUCCUUGUUUAAAACGACUUGACCAAAACAAGAGAAAAGAAAUUGCAUGAGACGAAAUGAAAGGGCAGAGCAGAGAAUUCAUUGAUUCGGCUUCUUCGUCGGUUGUGUCAAACGCACUUCAUCAGCGCCUCCAAUUCCUACUGCAGAGCCGUCCCGAGUGGUGGGUCUACGCCAUCUUCUGGAAAGCCACGAAAGACAGCGAUUCCCGUCUCACAUUAGAAUAUGGCGAUGGUUACUUCCGCAAGGAGGAAAAGGAAACGAGGAACGUGAACCACAACAUGGAAUGGUUUUACAGGCUGUCUCAAACCCGUUCCUAUGUUGCCGGCGACGGUGUCGUUGGCUGUGCCUUCAGCUCAGCAGUAGAUGUUUGGCUGAGUGGAGUGAACGAGUUUGAACUGAACGAGUGCGACGACAGAGUCAGGGAAGCUCGCAGUCAUGGGAUCCAUACUUUAGUAUGCGUUUCCACGCCACGUGGCAUCCUUGAGCUCGGCUCCUGCCACGUCUUCACCCUCGAUUACAGCCUUCUCCAACUGGCCAAAUCAGUGUUUGAAGUGAACAACGUUGUUCCAGAGAAAGAGAAACAGAGAAGAAGAGACUCGUCUGAUGCUUCCACCGACUCUUCCGAAGCAGACGCUAAUUUGGCUUUGGGGUUGGGGGGAGGAUACUGGCCUGUUGCUCCCACCGCCCCUUCCGAUGCAGACGCUAAUUUGGCUUUGGCGUUGGCGGAAGGCAGUAAUAUUAAUAACCUAAGAAGGGCACGUGAGGGUGAGGCGCUGCCUAUAAAUCACGUGGAGGCUGAGAGGCAGCGACGCGAGAAGCUGAAUCAGAGAUUCUACGCUCUUCGCUCAGCGGUCCCUAACGUCUCCAAGAUGGACAAAGCAUCCUUGCUUUCGGACGCGGUGGCCUACAUUAAUGAACUGAAGGCCAAAAUCAAUCACCUGGAGGUUGAAUUAGAGGGCAAUAUCAAACAGGAUCAUGUCCAGACCCAAACCAUUCAUUCCUCCACCACCACUAACAUGAGAGUUGAAGUAAGGAUCUUAGGAUCCGAGGCCAUGGUGAGGGUCCAGAGCCUAAACGUGAACCACCCCUCUGCCAGGCUAAUGGAUGCUCUCAGGGACGUCAAUUUGCAAAUUCUACAUGCCACAAUGUCCAACAUCAAAGAGAUGAUGCUGCAAGACGUCGUCGUUAGGGUUCCGCAUGACCUCAUGACCGAAGACGCCCUAAAAAAUGCCAUUCUCAACAGACUCUCAGAGUAAUUUUAUAGCUAUAUCUUAUCCCUUAGUCCUUUCGCUUUUACUAAAUUUACUUAGUUCCUUCUGAGUGUAUUUGUAUGAUUUUCGUACUAGGCAGUUCGUUUGUCCACGCAUGUAGUGCUAUUAUGAACGUUCACGUAAUUACUUAUCAAGAGAUCACUCCACGGUAUCCAUAAUUUUAGUUUGAAUAAAU